AUGUUGUCGUCUACACGAUCACGGCUGUGCCUUUUUGCGGCGCAGUCGUCCCGCUAUGUUCAGCGAGCCACAUACACCUCGACGGUCCCUCGUUUGAGCGAAAACACUAUUCCCACCAAUAACCCAAACCCCCAGAAGCCGGUUACGAGCAUAUCCGAGACCAAUGCCAGAGAGCCCGCAUCAAUGCAAGAGACAGUUGAGCAGGCGCAGAAGCAGCUUUCCAUGCAGGCCCCAAACCGAGCAACUACUUGGGCGAAGAACCAGCAAGAGCGGUCCAAGGCCAUGGCUGGUCCACGAUUCGAGCAGACAAUCAUUGAUUUCCAGCCUCAACCUUAUGCCGCCAUCGAUCUAAUCCACAAACAGCCCGUACGAUGGACAAAGGAGAGAGUCGUAUCGUGUGACGGCGGUGGUGGCCCACUCGGCCAUCCCAGGAUUUUCAUCAACACCGACAAACCCCAGAUUUGCCCUUGCGAAUACUGCGGCCUUCCCUUCGCAAACGAACACCACCGUGCAGUCCUCGAGGCUCAGCCAAGAACCUCAUACCCACUAGAGGCUACUGGGGAUGCCGCUGAGAUCAACGAAACACAACGUAUUACUCCAUCUGGCUUUGAGCAACGAUAG